CAUGCCAGAUUGCCCACGCCACUCUACCAUUGGCAUGUACGUUGUCUGAAGAAUUGAAUAACGUUGUUCGGUACUCACUCGGUAGAGACCUGGCUCCGGUUUUGCUUUGCUGUCCCUUUUUUAUUUAUUUAUUGGAAAAUCUUGCUUUCAUGUCCAUUGUCCUCUCUCUCUCUCUCUCUGUCUCUAUCACGGACACGCACUUUUGGGCUUUCCUUGUUCAUGGCAAGUCACUAGCCGAGAUGUAGAUUGAUACCAACCAUUCGGUUAGGUUUCUGUUACCUGAAUCAUUUGCUUUCGUCGUGAGUUUUUCUGGUUCGCUGUCUCAGAAAAAAGUAGGUUGCAAAGCAUUCGCUUUUGAGUUUUAUUUUCCUGAAGAUUUUGCUGUGUUUUUUAAUAAGUCAGGAGAUGGGUUCUUUCUCCAAUCCAUUAAGAAUCUGAAUUUGCUUUGUACUGGAGUGAAGGAUGAAGAAUUUUCCUGGGACGCCUGGGACUUUGACUGGGCUUGUUCUCAGGAUUUCACAGUGCGUUUUUGCAGUAGGGUCAAUUGCUUCUGUGGCCACCACCCACACUUUCUUCAAUUUCACGGCUUUCUGCUACCUGAUUGCUUCAAUGGGUUUGCAAGUCAUCUGGAGCUUUGUGCUUGCUGUAUUAGAUGCAUAUUCAUUGGUGAGCAAGAAGGUGCUGCAUAAUCCUGUUUUAGUUAGCCUCUUUGUGGUUGGAGACUGGGUGACGGCAACACUGUCUCUUGCAGCGGCUUCUGCCUCAGCUGGCAUUACGGUCUUGUACUUCAGUGACUUGGGCGACUGCAAUGCAGGAGGAGAAUGCCAAAAGUACCAGAUAUCAGUUGCCUUGGCAUACCUGAGCUGGGAAAAUAGCUUGUAGACACCCAGCAGCAUAAUCGUCACGACUCACGCAUCUCUUGAGUAGCCAGACAACCAUGAGUUGCCCUAGGAAAAUAGCAGACACAACAUCUAAAGCUGGAACAGAUUUUGCUGUUUGAGGAUUGCAUCUUCAGUUCCAUCAUGAUUUAUGAACAAGAAAGUAAUCAAAUAUGGGAGGUAAAAAAGAACCUGUGAAAGGGGGAAUAACUCAACCGGCAAUAUGUUUUGCCAAUUGUUCUGUUCAAUCUCCUUGGCAGUAUAGCCAAAUGUUCAGGCACUGAGAGGUCAAACAUGAAAAUCCAACCCAAAAUGGUUUGUGCUUUUUCGUUGCAAGGAAGCUAAAAUAUAUUACACAGACAGGGUAAGACACCCUGUUGGUAGUUUUGCUUUUCUAUCAAAUCAUAUGACGUGCUUAAAUUAUUCAUCCUUACUCAUUGUAAUGGGAAUUAGUGGGUAAUGAAUGGAUUAUGGAAACAGAUGCUUGAUUCAUAUACAGCAAGGGGGGGUUGCUGCUUUUUUCAAAAAGGAAGGGUUCCUUUGUCGCAAAGAAAAAAUGAUAUUAUCGAAUUGCAAUGGCAGUUUGUGGUAAUCAGUGGCCAGAGAAUUGUAGAGAGUUAUGCCAACCGUGUUGAUUGUGAAAGUAUACCGUGGUUAUCAAGCUGGAAUGUAGUUGGAAGGGAUGUGCAUUUGCUAUUUGCCAACCACAGCAAGUGGAAGCGGCAAAAGUGGGUCUGUGUUUGCUUUCAGACCCCAAAGGCAGGAAAAAGAACAGUUAAAGAGAUCGCAUCAGAUUUGAUGUUGGGACCGGAUUUUACUUUAAAUCUGUUCUUUUAAAUCCUUCAGAAGACAUGUAUAUGUAGGGUCAGCAUCCUCAUGCAGAGCAACAAUCAAUAAAGCUGCUAAUUGCAACAAUCGGCAACCAAAACAAUCUUUGCUUCCCCCAAAGCUUCUUGUGUGUACAAAGUUGCUUGUGGCAAGCAGCCUCGACCACAAAUGAACGCAAGUAUACAACGUCCUCAGGCAGUGUGCACCACACUUCAUUAAAGCUAUCCUACUUUACCGAAACAUUCUGAAAGCAUUUUCCUGGAAUCAGUUCGAUAAAUUCCAUGACGCAACACUUCCAUUCUCACGGAUGGAUUUACGUGAACGAUUCCUCUGGUGAAGAAAGUAGCAAGGGAAUCUGCACAGAGCCAAUUUGUCUGGUUUCAUAAACUGAACAGUACAUGUUCUGGAAUAAUAAUGCAAAUGUCAAAUUCUCUUACGA